CCAACAAAAGUAAGUACACAAACAAGUUCAAAGUGCCAAUAUUUUGUGUAAACAUCAUCGUAUUCAGCACUGCCCUAAUCCAGUGGAAUUGACCAAAGCUCAACAGGUUGUUGUUGGGAUCCUCUUCCACUCCUCCAUAAUGACAUCACAGAGCUGCUGGAUAUUAGACACAAGGCACCUUUGCACCUUCUGCUACAGGUGCUAAAUAGGGUUUAGGUCUGGAGGCAUACUUGGUCACUCCAUCACCUUUACCUUUAGAGGGCAUCAUGUUCUGUUUCAGAAUGUCACAGCACAUGUUGUAUUCCAUGGUUCCCUCAAUAAACAGCAGCUCCCCAGUUCCAGCAGCACUCAUGCAGCCCCAGACCAUUAUACUACCACCACCAUGCACCAUGCCAGACACAAUUUUUUUGGAACUUCUCACCAGGGCAUCACCACAGCAUGAUUCCAGUAAUUAAUUCUCUUGGAGAGAUCGUCUUCAGCAAACUGUGGGCUUUCUUGUGAGCCAGAUUCAGAAGAGGCUUUCUUUCUUCUAGUAUGACGGCCAAGCAAACCAACUUCUUGCACUGUGCGGCAUAUGAUCUGAGCACUGACCGCUUCAACCUCUAAAGCAAUACUGCCAGCACACAAAGUCUGUUUUUUGAAGCCAGCUUCUGCACUUGAUGCACAGCAUGAGGACACAACUUCUUUGAUCGACCCUUGCGAGGCCUUUUCCGAGUGAAACCCAUCUUGGGAAAGUUGGGAAACCUCUGUAUGAAACUGGCCACUGUACUGUAACUCAGUUUCAGGGUGUUACCGAUCAUCUUAUAGCCUAGACCAUCUUUGUGGAAAGCAACAAUUCUAGUUCUCAAAUCCUCAGAGAGUUGAAGUGCCAAGAAGUGCCAUGUUGAACAUCAAGUGGCGGAGUCCAGCACCGAUCAGUAACCGUGAUCCUUAUGGCAAUGCCUCUCUCAGCAGCAGCAGCAACUCAGGCUCAUGCAAGGGCAGUGACUGCAGCCCCACCCCCAGGCACCAUAUGAAGUACACAUCCUGCACAGAUAACCAUGGUAUUAAGCCGCCUCCUCCUGAGCAGUACCUGACCCCUCUGCAGCAGAAAGAGGUGUGCAUCAGACAUCUGAGGGCACGACUCAAAGAAACUGUUGAACGACUGCAGGAAAGAGACACAGAAAUAGAUGAUUUGCGAACUCAGUUGUCCCGAAUGCAGGAGGACUGGAUUGAGGAGGAGUGCCAUCGCGUUGAGGCCCAACUUGCUUUGAAGGAGGCACGUCGGGAAAUCCAGCAGCUGAAGCAGGUCGUCGAUGUUGUUCGCUCCAGCCUGGGUGAGGCAGACUCGGGUGUGCAGAAGUGUUUCCAAGACAUCAAUGUCCAGAAUCAUAAGUUGGAAUCCCUGCUGCAGAGCAUGGAGCUGGCACAAACCGGAGUGGCAAAAGUUACAGAGGCCCCAGUUGGGGGUGGCGCGGUGGGGGCAGGGUCGUGGGUUGGUGAGGGGUCAGUGGGCUCUGGUGAAGGCUCACCCGCCCGCUCACUAACCCGCAGCUCUACCUACACUAAACUGGGCGAGGUUGCACCACCCGAACGCAAUGAAAGAGGCAGUGGCUCAGAUGUGGCAUGUUGCUUGUCAGCCGAGGGUACUCAGGACAGUGGUUUUGUGUGCUGUGGGGAAAUGGCAGGGGGUGGAGUCACAAGGGCUGACCUGCUCCUGGAGGCUGCUUGCCUAUCAGAGGAAACGGCAUCGCUGCUAAACACAUGCUCACACCUGCCUCACUCAGCUACUUGCGAUGCACUGUGCUGUGGAGAGACACGGAUGCUGCCAUUUCGCUGCAGCCUGGGUAGAACAGCUGGAGGUGAGGGUGCCAUGAGCUUCAGCCACCCCUGCCUGUCACAUCACCACCUCUACCUGCACCACCUAAGAGAACAGGCAAUUCAGACAGAAUAUGACUGUGGACCAGCCCCAGCCCAUGGAGCUGCAUUUGGCUCGGACUUGGACACUAUUGCUGAGGUUCGCACUUUCCGCUCUCAGGCCUGCAGCCCUAACUCUACCUGGCUGUCAGAUGAGGUUGACGAUCUAGACUCAGUCACCACUGAAUCUGUCAUCACAGCCACAGCUGCAGGGAAUAACAUUUUUACAGACACUAUCUCCAAUGCAUCAGCUCUGGCAGUAGGUGGCACUCAGUCUGCUGUGACAAAGGCUGUUGUUGAUGAUUCUUUUGCUAUAUUGCCCACUGCAUCAAUAAUGCCAGACACAGAUGCUGCACUAAAGCCUACUACUCAAGAUCCACCCUCAUGUUCUGAUACAACCUCCUUCCCUGUGCCAUUAGUGAAGGAGAAUGAAGAGACCAUCCCACAAACCACCCAGCCACAGAGUUUAGCCUCACAAGGCAGCAUCAAUGGGGUCACUGUUGUAGAAGUGGAUGCUGAUAAUGAAGAAGACCAAAACAAUGAAUCAGUGAGCGCAAACAACUCUGACUGUGACAUGCCUGUUAAGAGCUAUUGGAGCCGUCAUUUUUUAGUGGAUCUCUUAGCUGUGGCAGUGCCAGUGGUACCCACAGUAGCAUGGCUUUGUCAAGGCCCACAGCGUGGAGGCCAUCCCAUGUACCACAUUGGGUCAUUGCUGCGCGGUUGCUGUACCGUAGCCCUGCACUCCCUGCGCCGAGGGGGAGGUCUGCGCCAUUACCCUGCAGGAGGAGGCGGGCCAGGAGGAAUAAAUAUAUGAAAUCAAACAUUGAGUAUCCGAGAGAGGAUCAUCAAGCUGCUCACAGUGCUGUUUGCAGUUCAGACUGGCAGAGACCGUGGGGUGUUAAUGAACAGCCAGGCUAGGAGGCAAGAUUAGCACUGUUGCUUCGUCAUUAGUUAAAUCGUAACCAUCACUCUAAUCUUGAUAUACUACAUAGUCCUGAUAUAGGGCAGAAGGAAAUGAGAAGUGUUUUACCGAUAAAUCUUUACUGAAAUUAUGUCAGUACUUUCUGGGUUUAUACAAUGGUACCUUUUACUUUCAAAACCUGAGCUCUAACCCAACUAUUCUUGAUUAGUUGGCAGGACAAGAAACAGCAAAUGGUCCUGACAGACAUGAACAAUAUUUUGGUAGUUUCAGGAGUGAGGAAAAUAACAAAAUGUCUAAUUCUCUGUCUUCCUGUCUCCUGAUCCUAUGGUGUACUAUUUUGGUCCAAUCUUAUAAGAUAGGGGUUUAAAGGAACAAAAAAAAAACCCUAUAUGUGUGUUGAUAUGUGUGUGUUUGUAUUUGUGUGGUGUUAUUGUGCAGUGUAGCUGAAGCACCUGAACAACUGGAGAUGAUCAUUGCUGCAGCAGUUGUAGGUGCAUGGUUAGUUCUCUCAUUAUAGUACUGAUAAUCGAUUUAUAAACUUUACAUAGUUCAAGGUGGCUUCUCCUGCUAAAGCGUAAUCAAUAGGCAAAAAGAACAUGGAACAUAUUAGCUUUAUUGUGUUAUUCUGAACCAAAAUGAGUGAGUGAAAGACAAAGAAUAUUGCUAUCAAAGGGCAUAGGAGCCGCUAGAUAGGCUAGGUUUAAAGAGUUGAAGGAUGCAUGGAGAACAAGCAAUCAUGUUAUGUUUCUAGUAAUAAUAAUGAUGCUUAAUUAUGAUUAUCAGAACAGGUCUAUAUGAGACAUCUAUAGAACACUAUGUUUCUUUUGCACUUCAAUCAUUUGUUAAUGUUAAUAGUCCCUGUACUGUAAUUAUACCGGUGUUUUUUUGUUUUGUGUUACCAAAGUGACCGAGUCCCCCCAGGAAAUGUUACUUUUAACCGAAUCAGCGCUAUGUGGUGUGACUUUACUGAUAUCACUUGCACUAAAAUUCACUUUAUCACCUAGUUACUUGAAGUUUAGUGUGUAUGCAAUGUUUAAUAUUUGUAGGGCAGAUAUUCACAGAGAUCAGUUUUAACUGACCCAAUCAUGUACAUCUAUGUAGAUGUACAUGUUCUCAAUAAAGAACAAAUGAUAACCAUAAGUGCAAAUCAGUUGCUAAAAUCAGAAAUUACUGUUUUAUUCUUGUGAACAUCUCUCUACUGUAUAUCUAUGAUUACAACCUUCAUUAGUUGCCUUUUCCUCUACACUCCCCUCUGUGUGGAGUCACUGUUUGUGCUGUCAGUUGACUAUGUAUUAGAUGAUUAUACGAUUUUUUUUAGAUGUUUUUGUUUUUUUGCUGCUUUCUCCUGAAACCACAUGACAAUCUUUUGUGUUGUGCAGUGUGUUUUGAGAACUUUCACCAAUCUGUGGUGUGCAGUUUUAAGUAAAUAUGCUAGCAUCACUCUGGCUGUUUUAGCACAUGUAUGUGAUUGUAUGACACUGAACAUAUGAGGUAAACUGGAUUUUUUUUUAAUCAUGUUUAGAAUUUCGAAUUUCACAAUGAUUGUGUGGCUUUUGUGUAUUAUUUGUCUUCAAAAUGGUCAAAGGAUAUUGGAUACACAAGGGAUGGUCCAAACUUGACAUCAAUCAAUUACCUCUAAUUUAUGAGCCAGUAAAGAGCCAUUUAAAUGUUCUUCAAUGCUGUUAAUAGCAAGAUGAAAGCAAGAGGUUUGCAUUGAAGUGACUAAUAAGGCCUUUAAAGUUUGCUGUAAAGCCAUAUUCUACUAAAGGAUUGUAUGUUGUAUGUAAGCAAGGGGGCUUCAGUUGUGUGUGCUUAAAAUGGUGCUUUAUGGUUAUUCUUGAUUUUGUUGCAAUAUUUUUCAUCUUAAUGUCUUACUCCAAAUCUGCUAGUAUAAUUCCAUUCUAAUUAACCACACACACACACAAACACUUACAAUUUGAAAAUGAAUGCAUUAGCCAGUUUGAACCCAGAUCUUUUACAAACCUUCACAGGAUCACAAUCUUUGCAUUGUAUGGAAGGCUAAGUAUUAAAUAGCACUCUCUUUACCUUAAUUUCCUCCAUUAAUAAAUUGAAGCUGAGCUUUAACUCCUAGGUUUGGUAUUUGUCUCUGCAUACAAUAAAAUAGAAUGUCAUAUGCCAGCAUUGUGAUACGUGUGAAUGUAUCUUACACUUCCAAGCAAUGUGCAAAAAUUUACUUUAAAAGUGAAACAAUAAAAUUGUUUCUUGCAAUGUU